AUGGAUGGCGGCGAUGAACUAGAUAGCCUGAGGGGCCUCUUCCAGGACCUUUCUAGCCUCUCCAGAGCUGCCCUUCCAGACAUAGAUAGGCUAAUUUUCGAACUAGAGGCAACCAUUCAAGACUUCAGAAAGCUCCUCGAAAAGCCCACAAAGAAGAACGAAAGCCGCCAAACCGUACUCUCUGGGAAAAUUAAGGUCCACGAUGUCGAGUACUCGGUAAAUAAGGAAUUCCAACAGGACGUCUUGCAGGUGGCAGACGCCUUGGAUUUGGACGAGAUCGAAGCGGCCGAUUACUAUUUACGAGCGCAAGACGACGCAAGGAAAUUAGACCGCUCUCCUGUUAUGAGUACAAUUAUACGUUUUCAUGAACGACGAUCUUUCCUCCUGGAAUGCCUACGUUUAGUCUUCUAUGAGUCGUUCGAGGUCGAGAGAGAAGGCACCCAAGCCAUCAUGCAGGAUUAUGUUGCGAAAAUUCUUGAGAUCCAAAAUGGCCCCUUACGAAAUGCGUCUCUUUUCGCAAGAAAGUGCAUGGAUUCCAUGGUUGAUAUCGAAAAAUGGCUGAUACGCCUGGGCGAGUUAGCUCAAAAAGCUUCAAUUGUGGGACAAGCUCAAGAAUCAGAUCUCGAAAUUAUAGAAUUCCAAUGCGGCAGCCUUGGAAAGGAGCAUGAAUCUCUUGGGGCGAUACUGUGCUACCUUUUCAAAGGCACUUUCACCAGCUCAGAAGAUUUCCGCCUACUCCUAGACAGACUUAGGAAACUCGAUAAGUUCGACAUGAUAUUGGUCCAUUAUAUCCCAGCAAUAGUCUCCUCGUCAUCUCAGUAUGGCUCUCCGGAAGGUUCUGGAUCUCUUCGCGAUGCAAGAUCUCUCCAUCAGACUGUUACAUCUUCCAGAGAACCACAGGACUGGCUUUUAUCGAAAUUUCAUGCUACUACAACAGCUCUAUGGCUGGCCGAAUACUCGGGUUGGUAUUAUGAAACUUCCCCUGCGUCUCCUCUUGAAGGUAUUAGUCCUGAAAGGGAGACCGCUGAUCUCACCAAGUUGUUUGUCACCGUCCUCGAUGAUGGGGCCCUCGAAUUUAUGCUUGAGGUCUGUGCCGGCGUCAGUCAGAACCAGUGGCGCGAUCCAUCAAGGGCAGAGCUAGUAAACCUACUCCUCAAAGACAGUGCGCCCUUGGCGAUUGAACAGGACUCUUCUUCAUAUUUUCAUGAUUUACUCAUGGAACACUUCGAGAUAUUCGUAGAAUCUCUUAUUGCCAACAUGCCUGAUGCGAUCAGGACAUUGAAAUCGGAAGAAGAUAUUCAGCGACUGGAUCAAAUUACUGCUCUUCGGGAGGGCCUGACCUCAAAUAUACAUAGGGGGCCCAUUGAAACUCGCAUGCAUUUUGAGGCUUUGCUCAUGAUAAUGGCGUUCGCGUUUGAGCAUAGAGUUGACGCCGCGCAAGAAUUUUGGGCAGAUCCGGAAGGAAAUUUAUACGGAUUUCUCCAGUGGGCGUCGAAGCGCCAGACUGUUCCUCGGGCCAGUGCCUUCUGUGAAAUGCUUUGUUCUAUCUCAGAAGGGGAGGAAAAUUCCCUGUCAGCUCACAAGUUCCUCUUAGACGAAGAAAAAAUAUCACCCACGAAAUUCAAAAGAUCCGCAUCGAUGGGCUGGACUCAAAUGAUAGAGGAGCUCCAGCUCUAUGCCACAAAAGCCACGGAACGUCCUUCAGCAGCACCGCCAUCCGUUUUUCGUAUUCGGAAACUUGAACCGGCGGAUAUUGAUGAACCCGAAAGUCCUGUGAUGCUUACAUCUUACUUGAGACUCAUCAGCCACCUAUGUAGGCAAAACUCUACAAUACGCCAAUGGAUCUUGGAGCAUCCAACACUCAACCUCAUUAACAUUCUUCUAACGCUGUGCGACGCUCCUAUUCCAAGCCAUCUGAGAUCCAGCAUAUUUGUCACCUUUCGGUGUUUAAUGGUGGACAGGAUAUCCGUUCAUGGGAAUGAGAUGUGGAUUUCUCUUGACCAUUGGAUUUCUGGUUCAGGAUCCCAAACUUCAGGUUUUGCCAAAAUAUCUCUUGUGACCAGUUCACCUGGCUGGAAUGAGCGCCAUUUUUUCCGGAAAAUAGCAGAAACAUUCGACCAAACAUAUUCAUUUGUUGACCUGCUGGACACACUGGUAUCACCGCCCAUCGAUUUGAUCGAUUCGCGACUCUCUCUUCCCUUUCCAGAAGCAUUAGGGUCCUCCUACCGAAUGCCAGGCAUAGAGCCUUAUAUCGAUUUUGUCAUGGGCCAGGCAUUCGCUAGUAGAUCCAUCGACCUUCACGAGCCACAAGCUCGGCUUUUACAACUGAGCUGCUUCAACUUUGUAGCCACCUGCCUCGAGAAUUUUAACGAGAACCUCAUUUCCAUCGUAAAUCAGCCUUCCAUUCCGCUAGACUCUGGCUUGCGAUCAUCAUCCCUGAAUGCGUACAUUCGAUUGCAUCCAUUCGCGAGGGUGAUGGAGUGGAUAUUUAACGAGGAUGUUCUCAAGACCAUGUUUGUUACGGCACAUCAAAACAUCGAUGAGGUCGCACGGGCUGCAUCUGAUUCCAUACUACUUCGAUGCUUGGUCCGAACCAUUGACGUUAUGAACCUUGUGAUGGACCACCAGUCGACCUACUUUGAUGUCGUACGGCCAUUGAUUAAAUAUCAAACUAGACAAGCUGCAAAUACCGUGGCUAAUUCGUCUCUUGCGUCGUUUGAGGAUAGUGUCAUGGACAAUCUCCGCCUGGUCACAGAUUUGUGCCUCUACUGCGGGACCGGCCAUCCACUGUUAACUCUGGCUUCUCUCAACCUUUUGGAAAAGCUAUCCAGCUCCCGGAAGCUAAAUAGAGCCACAUCGUCCACAAUAUCGCGUUGGCAGGCAUCUAAUCAGAUAGUGGAACUAUUGAACAAUGAUGUUGAGGCAGAGCGCAUUGCUCGCUCUCUUGCCCCUCAGAUGAAACCUGAUUUGCGGGAAAUAGAAAACGGUCCAACAUCUUCUGGCUAUCUCAUCAAACUAGGGCUUGUAAAUUUACUUGAUCGCUGUCUCAGUAUGAAUCCCGAAAAGCCAAAUAUGGCUCAUCUCCUUCUGGGAUUUUCUUGUUUGGGAAACACGCUUGAUAUAGCAGCCGAGGGAUUGUUCCAGGACAAGAUGUCACUUUUCCAUGCUAUGGUCGAGUUUGUGCAGAACUACCCUGAUGGGGAAAAUGGGACGAUUUUGACUUGGAUGAUUUAUCUCAAAGAAUCGUGCUUCCGUGUGCUUCGACAUCUCUGGUCAUCGAAGCUCUCUUCAACACUAGUUCUUCCAGAGCUCCAUCAGCGUCAGCUCCUUGUUACCCUGUUCAUAACUCAACCUCAAGUCGGUCCAGAAACCCUCUGGGAUAAUUUCCAAACUACUGAUCCAGAAUUUUGGUACUCGAGUUCACCAGAUUCGGUAUCAGAAUUUCUUAGUUUCCGCAGUCUUCUUUUUGACUAUGCCGUGACCGAAGUUCGCUCUGCAGCAAGGCAUGGCUCCCCUUCUCUGCAAAAAGAUACCCUAUCUACUCUUCUAGGAAGCUCGGUUGAUGAAAAUAACCGAACUUUUACCCACCCUUCUUUCUUCGACCUCUUUGAUUUCGUCGAUUUGGAUAUUGAGGCCGUUCAACCUCCCUCAAAUCUUAAGUUUUUCGAUGGCAGCAAUCUGGAUCUAUGCGCAAAGAUACAGAACGAUGGUUUGGUAAUCUAUGAUCUCCCCUCCGUGAAGGAGCUUCUUGAACUCACCAAGCAAGAAUUACUCAACGCUGGAAUAGCGACAUCUAAUGAUGAUGAACAGCUCCUUGCCGAACAGAACAACAUAUUGCUCUUUCUUCGUGCGACUAAUCAAAGCCGAAAGAUUCAUCACAGCCGCUACUUAGCUGUUCGAUCUUGGGCAGAACUUGCGACCACAAUCAUCGUCACGUGUGAGAUGGACGCUGCACAAAGGCCGAUGUUGAUUUUGCACAUCCUACAACUUAUUCUUCCCAAGCUUGAAAGCUCUGUCAUGGAUAAUGUAGCGGAAGCUAUUGAACUAGGGCGUUUGGCAGAAUCGUUGAUAGAAAAGCUUGGGACUGGUCAUCCACCGGAGACACCCAACAAGGGAACAGAUAUCAUUGAUGAACGACUCUACCACCUAUUCCAAACAUGUAUCCGUGGAAUUCCAUUGGCUACCGAAAAUAGUGCUUUGAGAGAAUGCCUUUACAACAUAUGCUCCCAAUACUUAUCCCGCAUUACUCGCAAUAGGUCAGAUCACAACCGUUUUGGAAGCCAUUCGCAACAAGCUGUCAAGGCUUCGGGCUCCUCACUUGUUGAAGUUUUAUGUGACGAUGCAUAUUCUGGACAAGAAGCCUGUCGAAUAUCUGCUCUGCUUCUUCUCAACCUUCUUGCUGUCCUUGAUCGCCAGCUAUCCUCAUCGCUGCUCAUAGAAUUAGUUGCCCAAUCGAACUAUCUCGCCAUGUUCGUGGAUGUUGUUGGGGCGAUACCAUCAGAGUUUCGCAAAGCGUCUGCAAGCGAAACCUCUCGACUAUCUGUUUACUACGACACACACCUGUGUCUACUUCAGCAACUUGCACAAUCACGAGUUGGAGCAGAACGCGUCCUAGACGCAGGCUUGUUUCAAGCUGUUAAGGAGUCCCAACUCUUUGCCACUGACCCUGAUAUUGGAAUAGAAAUUGAUAACCCAGACGCUCUUCAGAAAUACUAUGAUCUGCUCCUUUCCGUAAUGCGCGUGAUCGUGUCAGCAGUUUUUGCGCGCGGCUUACACAACCAACAAGUCCGUGACCAAACUCGCAUAUUUCUGUCUAAAAAUCGACAAAGUAUUGUUGGCAUAUUCAAGCGGUAUACAAAGAUCUGUGGUCUGGAUGAUAAGAACGCUAGAGAGACAGUAGAGGAUCUGGUAAAGUCAUACAUCGUACUAAUCGAAGCUAUUGGGUUUCUUGAAAUGCAUAAUUCCAAUAGGCCUGCACCGAGGGGCGGGAACUACAAGUCUCCAGGAAAACGGAAACAACCCGAACAAGAUCCUGGAAAUCGCGAGGACCUGGUGCGGAAACAAGCGACUAUCACGUACCUUUUUGAGAACGGGUGGAAUAACAUAUCGAGAAACGGCAGAGGGGAGAUUCUGUCUCCAGAUACCAAGCGCAUGAAACGAGAGGGACUCCAGCUCCCUGCCUCAUACCCUGCCGCUCCCACUCAGCUAAUGUCAAUCAAUAAAAUGUACAUAUUCCAAAAUAAUACCGAUUCAAAAUCACCAGCCGGUCCCGGUGGGCAUAAUCUGUCACCUUCGAAUUCUAAUGGCGCCAUGCCGUUGGAAUCCCGUUCCCGCAACUCGACAAUCCGAUCAAGCAACUUCACACCACACGCUGGAGCAAAGAAGCUGGUCGUAAAGAACCUAAGAGCCACACCUCGUCUAGAUCGGAAUCGAUACUUUGAGAAAGUCUGGUCGCAACUGGAUGCUGCUCUGAUGGCUAUCCUUGAGGAUCAGAAGCCGGAACAAUCUCUCGAGGAGCUCUAUAGAGGGGCAGAAAACGCCUGUCGACAGGGUAGGGCUGCAACUCUGGCCAAAAAGCUACAAGAUCGCUGCCACGAGCACAUAUGUGAGAAUGUUUUGAAUUCGUUAUUGUUGAGAUCGGAGGAUGGUAAUGACGUUGAUAUCUUGAAGUCGGUGGAAGAAGCUUGGGCUACGUGGAAUGCUCGUUUGGUUUCAAUACGUUCUAUUUUCUACUAUUUAGACCAAUCGUUCCUCCUUCAUUCCACGGACAAUCCAGUCAUCUAUGAGAUGGGUUUAGUUCAAUUCCGCACCGCAAUGUUCUUGAACGAUACAUUGCGCCCCCGCAUUCUACAGGGAGCCUGCCAACUCAUUGAACUUGACAGAAAGGAUGGUAAUACGGCAGUUGACCCGAACCUACUCAGGCGUGCUAUCAAGUUCUUUCAUGACCUCGGCGUUUACAAGAAAUAUUUUGAGCCAUACAUGCUUGAUGCAUCCGAAAAAUACAUCAGCAGCUGGGUCGUCAAUGAAGCUAAUCAUUGCGGGCUUGCCACCUAUGUAGAGCGGUGUCAACUGCUGAUUAGCCGUGAGAUUCAGAGGUGUGAUCUUUUUGGUCUGGACAGGAGCACCAAACAAAGCAUAUCCCAAAUGGUAGAUCGUUAUCUUGUCUCAGACCAGAUCAAGAUCCUACUUAAAGAAGAUGACAUUGUCGAACUCCUCAACACGCAUAGUCAGGUGGCACUGGAACAACUGUACUCGCUACUGCAACGUCUGGAGCUGGGGCACAAAAUAAAGCCCGCAUUCUUCAAGUAUAUCACCACAGAAGGGUCCAAGAUAGUGUUUGAUCAAACAAACGAAGAUAGGAUGGUUACGAGGCUAUUAAGUUUCAAGCAAAAUUUGGACGUUAUUCUGAUAAAUGCAUUUCACAAAGAUGAAGUCCUAGGUCACACUCUGCGUGAGGCCUUCGAAGUGUUUAUCAACAAAACGCAAAAAUCAGAAUCUACCUGGGGAACGGACAAUCCAAAACCAGGUGAAAUGGUUGCAAAAUACGUCGAUAUGCUACUCAGAGGUGGUGUCAAGGCAAUCCAGAGCCUGGAUGGAGAAUCCAGCAUCGGCAGCACGGCCUCGGCUGAUGAAGAUGCAGAGGUAAAUCAGAAGUUGGACCAAGUAUUGGGUCUUUUCCGUUUUAUUCAUGGAAAAGCCGUUUUCGAAGCCUUUUAUAAGAACGAUCUUGCCCGCCGUCUUCUUAUGGGUAGAAGUGCAAGUGAUGAGGCUGAAAAGAGUAUGCUUGCCAGACUCAGAUCAGAGUGCGGUUCGGAUUUCACCCGGAAUCUCGAGUCUAUGUUCAAGGACAUGGAUCUUGCGCGGGAUGAAAUGGCCUCCUAUAACGCGCUACUAGGACCAAAGAAGAACAGACCUGGCUUGGAUCUGAACGUGAAUGUCAUAUCAGCAGCAGCAUGGCCUUCAUAUCCAGAUGUGCCAGUGAAUUUGCCGAAGAUAAUAUCAUCUGCCUUGGAAAGCUUCGAUCAGUUUUACAAUAGCAAGUACAACGGACGAAAACUUCACUGGAAGCAUUCGCUUGCGCACUGCCAGCUAAAGGCUAAAUUCCCCAAAGGUGACAAGGAAAUCGUUGUGAGCGCGUUCCAAGCCCUCGUUCUCCUCCUAUUCAAUGACGUAGUGGAGGGCGCCACUCUAUCAUACGCAGAAAUCAGGGAAGCUACCAGCCUGCCUGACGUCGAAUUGAAACGCACUCUCCAAUCCCUAGCCUGCGCGAAAUACCGAGUUCUGGUCAAGCGACCAAAGGGCCGAGAGGUAAACAACGACGACACCUUCGCCUUCAACUCGAACUUCUCCGAUCCCAAGAUGCGCAUCAAAAUCAACCAGAUCCAACUCAAGGAGACCAAGCAGGAGAACAAGAUUAUGCAUGAGCGGAUUGCGGCAGACCGGCACUACGAAACACAGGCAGCCAUUGUGCGCAUUCUAAAGACCCGGAAAGUCAUCACGCACGCGGAGCUAGUGGCGGAGGUUAUCAAUAAGACGAAGGAUAGAGGGGUGUUGGAUCCGGCGGGUAUCAAAUCUAAUAUUGAAAGGUGA